AUGAAGCGCAGGAGGGGAGAAGCCAGCCUGGCUGGCGGGAGGGACGUGGGCUGCUUCGAGCCCAGGCUGAGCGGGACCGUGGCCCGUAAGUGGCACAGAAACGGCAUCAAGAAACCCAGGUCCCAGAGAUAUGAAUCUCUCAAAGGGGUUGAUCCCAAGUUUCUGAGGAACAUGAGAUUUGCGAAGAAACACAACAAAAAGGGGCUGAAGAAGAUGCAGGCCAACAACGCCAAGCAUGCCGCUCUGCAAAAAAAAGACUGAUGUGGUUUAAGACAAAGAACCAGUUUUUCUGUUGGCAUGUGCAUCACAGUGUUUUUGUACAAAUAAAAUUGGAUGUAACAGCUCCAGA